GAAAGAGCGGAGCAGCCAUUGUUGAGGGAAACCUUGCAAACAAAGAAGGCUCCGGACUCCCUGCUGCCCCCCGCCCCCCAGGCCAGCCCCCUGGCCUCCGUCCCCUGGCCCAGUGGCCAUUGUAACUUUCCCCCGGGGCUGUGGCCGCCACGGGGCUGGCGGAGGCUGUGCGUGCGAGUCUUUGUGCGGCCGGCGGAGUGGAGCUCCCAGCCAGGCCCGCCUGUCCCACUCGGGACAUGAGCGGCUGAAGUUGAUCCCACCUCAGUCCUCACCCCCGCCUGGGACCCUCUGGGCUUCCAGACGCUCCCCGCACCUCACCUGGCCCCCUCAGUUCUCCCAGGUUGUUCCUCAAAGUCAUUCAAGCUGUACUCACCGAAGGAGCCCCCGAACGGCAACGCCUUCCCUCCCUUUCAUCCCGGCACCAUGCUGGAUCGGGAUGUGGGCCCAACUCCCAUGUACCCACCUACAUACCUGGAACCUGGGAUUGGGAGGCACACACCAUAUGGUAACCAAACUGACUACAGAAUAUUCGAGCUUAACAAACGGCUUCAGAACUGGACAGAGGAGUGCGACAAUCUCUGGUGGGAUGCUUUCACGACUGAGUUCUUUGAGGAUGAUGCCAUGUUGACCAUCACUUUCUGCCUGGAGGAUGGACCAAAGAGAUACACCAUUGGCCGGACCUUGAUCCCACGCUACUUCCGCAGCAUUUUUGAGGGGGGUGCUACGGAGCUGUAUUAUGUGCUUAAGCAUCCCAAGGAGGCAUUCCACAGCAACUUUGUGUCCCUCGACUGUGACCAGGGCAGCAUGGUGACCCAGCACGGCAAACCCAUGUUUACCCAGGUGUGUGUGGAGGGCCGGUUGUACCUGGAAUUCAUGUUUGAUGACAUGAUGCGGAUAAAGACAUGGCACUUCAGCAUUCGGCAGCACCGAGAGCUCAUCCCCCGGAGCAUCCUUGCCAUGCAUGCCCAGGACCCCCAGAUGUUGGAUCAGCUCUCUAAAAAUAUCACCCGGUGUGGAUUAUCCAAUUCCACUCUCAACUACCUCCGACUCUGUGUGAUACUUGAGCCCAUGCAGGAGCUCAUGUCCCGCCACAAGACCUACAGCCUCAGUCCCCGAGACUGCCUCAAGACCUGCCUUUUCCAGAAGUGGCAGCGCAUGGUAGCACCCCCCGCGGAGCCUGCACGGCAACAGCCCAGCAAACGGCGGAAACGGAAGAUGUCAGGGGGCAGCACUAUGAGUUCGGGGGGUGGCAACACUAACAACAGCAACAGUAAGAAGAAGAGCCCAGCCAGCACCUUCGCCCUCUCCAGCCAGGUACCUGAUGUGAUGGUGGUGGGGGAGCCCACCCUGAUGGGCGGGGAGUUCGGGGACGAGGACGAGAGGCUCAUCACCCGGCUGGAGAACACCCAGUUUGACGCGGCCAACGGCAUUGACGACGAGGACAGCUUUAACAACUCCCCUGCACUGGGCGCCAACAGCCCUUGGAACAGCAAGCCUCCGUCCAGCCAAGAAAGCAAAUCGGAGAACCCCACGUCACAGGCCUCCCAAUAAAGGCCCUGCCACGGUCACCCAGUGCUCUGCCUGCCUGCCCCACCCCUCGUAGCCCCAGGGAGCAGAAGACAGAAGAAGAGACUGAGCAUCUAAAAUGGGCAGCCUCCAUCCACCCACUUCAGGGAGGAACUGGACUCGCUGGGGGCAGGUGCCAAGAUGUGCCCCCCAGUGGCCCUGGGCUGGGCCUGGCCCCUGCAGAGCCUUUUGGGGGAAGGGGUUACUCAUGUGGAUGCCUACGUGGACCCUGGACCUCUGAGAAAUGUCUUGACCAUACCCCCAGGGCAUUUGCCUCCAUCUUUACCCCAAGUUCUGGGUUCCCCAUUGUCCUGGCUUAUCUCCUUCAAGACUGGGGCUGUCCAUACCCACAGCCCUUAGGGGUUAAGGUCAUGGGGCUUGGUUGAAUGCCCCUUCCCCUAGGUGGCUGGUAUUAGAGGGGUGAAGCUCUGGGCUCCUUGUUCCUUUCUGCCACUUAUCCCAGCUCCAACAAGUUUUUUAAAGAAUAAUAUUAUUAAAAAUGUAA